AUGUCAUCUUUGGAGGAACUGUUUUGUUUGAAUAUUUCUCAAAUGACUCAACUCAUUUCCAUUCUUAACAGGACUGAAAUCCAUGAUUUGGAGACAGACAAGAGGGAACUGAUCGGUGUCUUUGGUAAAACUGGGGCUGGAAAGAGCUCUUUGAUAAACGCCAUCAUUGGAGAGAAGGAUCUGUUGCCCUCUGGAAGUGUCAGUGCCUGUACCUCAGUCAUGAUUAAAGUGGAGGCAAAUAUACCCAGCUCAAAGUACGAAGCAGACAUCGAGUUCAUUACACCUGAGGAGUGGAAAGAUGAGUUGUGGUCAAUGUAUCAGUUUCUUGGAGAUAAAGCACAUCAGGAUGAUGAUGAUGAUGGUAACGGUGACGAUGAGGAAGAUGAUGAUAAUGAAGAUUAUCGUGACAUUACUGAAAAGCUGUCAGCGCUGUAUGGAGAUGAAUGGAAACACAAAAACCCUCAAAUGCUCAUGGACAACAAAUAUUUCAGAGAAAUUCCAGACUUUCUCCAAUCCAAGAAGAAGACUUUGACUUGUGAAUCAGCCAAAGAGCUAUCUGCAAGAUUAGUCAGAUACACAAGAAGUGCCUCCAGUGACGGAGACAGCAAAGAAGUAACGAGGUGUUUCUGGCCACUGGUGAAGUGUGUGACUGUCAAGGUGCCAAAUAAUGAUCUUCUUCAACACGUCACACUGGUGGACCUUCCUGGAAACGGAGACCGGAACAAGAGCAGAGACAAAAUGUGGAAAGUGAUUGUUGGAGAUUGUUCUACUGUGUGGAUCGUGACUGAAAUCAAUCGAGCAGCAUCAGAAAAAGAACCCUGGGAGAUCUUGACGAGUACCUGCAGCCUCAUGGGAAAUGGUGGCCAGUGUCAGCAAAUUCACUUUAUCUGCACCAAGUCUGAUGUUAUUGAAGAUUCAGAUGAUCAUUCAGCAGCUGAUGUUCAUGCUCGCAUAUUUCAAAGAAACAUGAAAGUCAAGGAAGUAGUGAGGAAAGAAUUCCACAAACUGAACAAAGUUAAGAAACACUUCCAAGAUGACUGCCUCGAGGUGUUCACAGUGAGCUCCAAAGAGUUCCUGAAAAGAAAACAUCUAAAUCCAGAGGACACAGAAAUACCAAAACUACAGGAUUUUUUGCAAGGUCUCAAUGACUGUCACUCAGAGACGUUAAACUUUGUGUCUGGAGCUUAUGGGAUUCUCUCUUUGAUGCACGGGGCCAACUGUGGAGAAGUGGCUGGCAAAAAAGCUGAAGUGUGCAGAGACCUUGAAGAAAACAUGAGGCGUGAACUCAAUAAAGUCAGAAAACCAAUGGAAGAGGCUUACCACGUGUUUGAAAAAUGCCUCAAAGAAGGGGUUCAAACAUCCAAAACCUCAUGUGACAAAACCCUGAAGUCCAUCUUACACCCUAGAAAGAUGCGAAAUGGUGGGUUUCAUAGGACGCUAAAGUCUGUAGUUGAGAACGGUGGCGUCUACAAACCAAAGAAAGGGAAACAAAUAAACAUCAACAUGAAGCUAGCUUCAUAUCUGACCAACAGCAUUGAUGAGGAAUUCAGGAAGACCUUCCCAAAUGAAGUCAAAUGUGGACCAUUCAACGGAGUCAUUGAUACAUUUUCACUUGACACAGAUGAGCUGAUUCAAAAGUACAAAGAUGUCGGAUUGCAACUGAACUUUCUGAAGACAGAGGAAGACAAAAUUCAGGCAAAACUCAACAAGAUCAUCCAGAGGCGUAAGAAAUCCAUCUACAACAGUCUGACAGAGAAAAUAGUGGAAAUCAUGGAGGAAUCCUACAAAAAAGCAGCAGAGUUUAGAGGAAAAGGCUCACUGGAGAAAAUGAGGAGAACUAUUGCCACACAUGUACAUGAAAACAUCAUCAUGUUUGAGGAGGCCAAAGAUGUCAUGUUGAACCAGCUGAAUUAUUUGAAGGAGGACAUCCUGGAGAUACUGGAGGGAACCAUGAGGGAAUCCAUUGAGCUCUCACUGAAGACAGAUGACAACUCAGUCCCAGAUGUUCCAACUGAACUUGAGAUGGUGAAGCGAUACUACGAUGAACUGAAAGACAAUCCAGACGGAGAAACUUCACUACUGGGGUAAAACCUUGAAUCUUCCAUCAGUGGACAGAAACAUCAGAGGCCUGGUCUCCCACUGAACAUCUCUGAGGAUCACUGACUCAACACAGGACACUCUGGAUUUGGUCUCAACCAUUUUUAUUAAGUUGGUUUCUGUGUAUGUUUUGAUGCUUUGGUUUGAUUUGUUCAUUGACUUUGUUUUUAUGAAUUUUGUGCUGAGAGAUUACAGAUUUUUUUUGGAGUUUUAUUUCAUUUAUUGAUUCCAGUCCAGAGGCAACUAAAAAAGUAGAGAGAGAUGAAAUGCAAAGAGCCCUGGUUGGAUUUGGACCAGAAAUGUUGUGGUUUUCAUCAUAAAGGUACAAACCACAAAACAUUUAGAUUUUAAGGUUUGAACUGUUCUUUUUGAUGUUAUUUUGCAUAUAAUCUACACUGACUCUAAAUGAAUACAUGUUUUUGAUAUGAUGUCCAACACAUUUAACCUUCAAUCUUGAAUAUAGCUCAUACUGUAGGUUUGAUCUGACACAGAUUUGAGGUUUUUAAAAAACAGACCUUGAAUUUUUACUUUUCUUUUACAUUCAAGGACAAAUAUUUACUAAAUGCAAUAUAAUAGUCUCAUGAUUUACUCCAUCGUUGUGGUUUUAUGUCUAAUCUGAACUGAUUCUAAAUCCAAUUAUGUAUGUGAUCUACUGUCUAAUAAACCUGAGUUAAAGUGUG